AUGCAUUACUUGAGUACACUUAUUGUAAAGUGGGAUAAAAAUACAUUUUUUAUUCUGUGUCAACAGAAUGCUAACAUGAUUUCAACAGCCAAAUUCAACCAAACACAUUCGAAGAUAUUCAUUAUGUCAUCAAAAUUCGGUGGAUCGUGCAGUUACAGUGGCUCGACAGACAGUAGUAGUGGUGAUUCUACGGCAAGUAUUUCUUGUCCAAUUUAUACAAGUUCAAGUGGCAUUACUGUCAGCGGUACAGGUUCUGCAACAUAUUCGGGUGAUGGUCAAGUAGGCGGUGGUGCAGGCGUCAGUGUGACCAUACCAUUUCCGUAA